AUGCCUCGUCUUCAAAGAUUGCUGGACUCAUUGGACUUGGCGUUGAGUACCUCUAUCGCAAGAAUCAGUGGUGACUCAAACGACUUGGUUCCUAUUUUCAGAAGCACAUCCAUCAUGGUUGCAAUAAGCGUGCCGGAGCUUUUGCCAUGCUUCCAGAACAAUGACAUCUCCGUGUCUUUCAGUCAAUGCCACUGCGAAGAUGAAACACUGGAGAGACAUGUGCAUCGUGGUUGCAAUAAGCGUGCUGGAGCUUUUGCCAUGAAUCCAGAACAACGACAUACUGUGUCUUUCAGUUAA